UUUUUUUGUUUCUUCAUGUUCUUCCUUUAACAAGGUACCUGAUUCUCUCAACCUCGCGCUUUCACAGUUCUUCCACGUUCUUUUGGAUUUGAAUAUUUGAUCCUUCCAUCAUCACUGCAAAUCGAAGCAACGGUGACUCUAAGUUCCUUCAUCAACUUCCAUGUCGUCGGAGCCGCUGAUUCCCCCGUCCGCCGACGCAUUCUGGCGUUCUCACUCUUUCCGGCAAUGCAGCGAACCGGCCACGUCGAUUUUCGAUGAAUUGCCGAAAGCAACAAUCGUUUCGGUGUCGCGACCGGAGACCGGAGAAAUUAGCCCAAUCUUGCUUUCUUAUACAAUUGAAUUGGAGUACAAGCAGUUCAAGUGGCGUCUUCACAAGAGAGCAGCGCAAGUUCUCUACUUACAGUUUGCCCUGCGGAAACGUGUACUAAUUGAACAACUUCAUGACAAACAAGAGCAGAUAAAAGAAUGGCUUCAGAGCUUAGGAAUAGUAGAUCACACAGUGACGAUACACGAUGAUGAAGAACCUGAUGAUGGAGCUGUGCCUUUACAUCACGAAGACAGUGUUAAAAGCAGAUAUGUCCCAUCUGUUGCUGCUCUAUCAAUAAUUCGUCCAUCAUUAGGAGGGCAGCAAUCGGUUGUAGACAGGGCAAAAGUCGCAAUGCAAAGUUAUUUGAAUCUUUUCUUAGAAAACCUGGAUAUUGUUAAUUCUCCAGAGGUCUGCAGGUUUUUGGAAGUCUCCAAGCUAUCCUUUUUACAUGAGUAUGGUCCAAAGCUGAGAGAGGGAUAUGUGACAGUGAAGCAUUUAUCAAAUGUUUCACAGGAUUCAGAAGCAUGCCAUCCAUGUGAUUGGUUUCGUGGCUGUAAUAACAGCUGGAAGAAGGUAUGGGCUGUCUUGAAACAUGGAUUUUUGGCCUUGCUGGAUGGCCCUUUCAGCAAUAUACCGCUGGACAUACUUGUUUUUGAUGUUCUUCCAUCCUCAAAAGGAGAUAAAACACAAAUACAUUUAGCUGAUCCUGUAAAGGAAUGUAAUCCUUUGCGAUACACAUUUAAGGUUACUAGUGGGAAUAGGACCAUAUCAUUGAGAACUACCAGCAAUGGUAGGGUUAAAGCUUGGGUAAAUGCAAUUAAUGAAGCUGGUCUUCGACCUUCGGAGGGUUGGUGUCGUCCUCAUCGGUUUGCUUCAUUUGCUCCUGUAAGAGGUUUGACUGAAGAUGGGAGCCAAGCCCAGUGGUUUGUAGACGGAAAGGCAGCAUUUCAAGCAAUUGCUUCUUCAAUUCAAGCUGCAAAAUCAGAGAUCUUCAUUACAGGAUGGUGGCUUUGCCCCGAGCUAUAUCUUAAACGUCCUUUUGAUGGCUUUUCAAAACUCAGACUUGACUCGUUGCUAGAAGAAAAAGCUAUGCAAGGAGUUCAGAUAUAUGUGCUUCUCUACAAGGAGGUUUCUCUGGCUUUGAAAAUCAACAGCUCGUAUAGUAUGAGAAGACUCCUCAAAAUUCAUGAGAAUGUGAGGGUAUUGCGCUAUCCUGACCAUUUAACCAGUGGCGUGUAUUUAUGGUCGCACCAUGAGAAACUUGUAAUUGUUGAUUACAAGAUUUGCUAUAUUGGAGGAUUAGACUUAUGCUUCGGUCGAUAUGACACGCCUGACCAUAAAGUUGGUGAUUGCCCCUCUAUUACAUGGCCUGGAAAGGACUAUUACAACCCAAGAGAAUCUGAACCAAAUUCAUGGGAAGACACGAUGAGAGAUGAAUUGGAUCGUGAGAAAUAUCCUCGUAUGCCAUGGCAUGAUGUCCAUUGUGCCCUUUGGGGACCUCCUUGUCGUGAUAUUGCUCGACAUUUCAUUCAACGUUGGAACCAUGCUAAGAGAACUAAAGCUCCAAAUGAGCAUGAAAUCCCGCUACUUAUGCCUCACCAUCACAUGGUCCUCCCUCAUUACAUGGGAAAAAGCAAAGAUAUGGACAUUACUGGAAAGAAAGAUGAAGAUGGCACGAAAGAACUUGAGAGUAAGGAUUCAUUUUCGGAGUCUCCGGUACAAGAUAUACCGCUGCUUUUACCUCAAGAAUCUGGUGGACUAGUUACUUCGCUCGGAGAUCAUUCCAAUAUUAGUGAAAAGGUUCCAUUAUCAUCCCAAAAGUUGGAAAAUGAAACAUCAACUCCAAACACAAAGAUCAAUGGGUUUCAUGAUGAAGUUGUUCCUUUUGACCUUGGUGCACAAUCUGUUGUUUAUGAUCUAGACGAUUGGUGGGAAACACCAGAUGAAGGUACCAAAGACGAUAAUAAUUUGGAAUAUAGACAAGUUGGUCCACGUACUUCUUGUCGCUGUCAGGUAAUCAGAAGUGUCGGCCAAUGGUCAGCUGGAACCAGUCAGCAUGAAGAAAGCAUUCACACAGCAUAUUGUUCUCUUAUUGAAAAAGCAAAGCAUCUUAUCUACAUUGAGAACCAAUUUUUCAUAUCAGGUCUAGCAAAGGAUGACACAAUUCAGAACCGUGUAUUGGAAGCACUAUACAGGCGCAUUUUACAAGCACACAAGGAACAGAAUAAAUUUAGAGUUAUAGUUGUGAUGCCUCUCUUGCCUGGGUUCCAAGGUGGUCUCGAUGAUGGUGGUGCUGCAACUGUCAGGGCUUUAACACAUUGGCAGUAUAGAACAAUUUCAAGGGAAAAGCAUUCUAUAUUACACAAUCUUGAAGCUAAAAUUGGUCCUAAGGCUCAUGAUUAUAUUUCUUUCUAUGGUCUACGAUCUCAUGGUAGACUUCAUGCCGAUGGUUACGUGGCCACAAGUCAGGUAUAUGUGCAUAGUAAAUUGAUGAUAAUAGAUGACCGUGUAGCUGUCAUCGGAUCAUCUAACAUUAACGACCGUAGUCUGCUUGGGUUAAGAGACUCUGAGAUAGGAGUGGUUAUAGAAGACAAGGAAUAUGUUGAAUCAUUGAUGAAUGGAAAACCAUGGAAAGCUGGGAAAUUUUCUUAUAGCCUCCGUUGUUCCUUAUGGUCUGAACACCUUGGCCUUCAUACAGAAGAGGUCAGUAAAAUCAGUGAUCCAUUGGCAGACACAACAUACAAGGACUUGUGGUCAGCAACUGCGAAGGAGAAUACUAGGAUAUAUGAUGAGGUCUUCGGUUGCAUUCCGAAUGAUCAGAUACACUCAAGAUCUGCUCUUCGACAGAGCAUGGCUCAGCGGAAAGAAAAGGUCGGUCACACCACCAUAGAUUUGGGAAUAGCCCCUGAUAAAUUAAUAACUAGUGAUGUCUAUGGAGAAAUCAAUGAGACAAAUUCAAUGGAUAGAUUGAACUCUGUAAAGGGACAUCUUGUUUCCUUUCCUUUGGAGUUCAUGCGUGAUGAAGAUCUAAGACCAGCCUUUAUUGAGAAUCGACACCUACUCAACUGGCGACAUGGACCUGGCUCUACUUAUCUAAAUAAGUAACUAAUUCCUAUAAUCUCUUCCAUGAUAAAAAGGAGAUCUCAACAACUUUCCUAUCAAAAGGGAGUAACCAACCCACCAUCAUAGGUGAGACUACUCAGAAGGUGGUUAUUUAUUCUACAUAUACACUUAUAAAUACCUUGACACCCUCAGGUAUACUUCGAAUCCCAAUGUACUAAAAAAUCAGCUUAAAGUCCUUGCUAACUAAACAUCAGAGUCCUUAGUAUAAAUCACUUCCCACCGUCACCAAGAUGUCGAAUGGCGGCACCUCGGCAUUAGAAGAUGUUGGACACAACCCCAAAAAGGAGAUUGGAACUUAUGUUCAGGCUUGAAUCAUAGUCUAGGUAAUCCCCGAAAUAUUGGCGCUGUUGUCGGGGAUCUGAUAAUCAACACUGUAUGAUGACAGACGUUUUAGAAAAUAGACACACUACUUCUGAUUUAGAGGCCUAUGAAGAAGAGUAACACAACGACGAUCGCGCACUUAUCCUACCCCUCAACCUAACAAAGAGAAAGGUGUGGCCGGGGAGAUACAUCCUGCAAAUAAAGGAGGACGAAGAAUACGUUCAGAAGUCCAUCAAUAAGGAGGAUCGGGAGAAAGAGAUCUUACAAAACUCAUGGAACUGGUUCAUGGACAUCAAGGUCGGCUAGAGUAGUUUGAGAACGAGUUAGAAUGACGUGAAUCAGAACGACCUUGCAAAGGGAGGUACGACGACAAAGAGAAUUAGAAUAAAAACUCGAGAAGCUGGAAUCCGACCUUAAAGGUAGGAAAUCGCAAGCUGACCAAGCAGAAACACCUUUAGGAGGUGAAGAUCUAUAUUCUGAAGAGAUCAUGCGGGCUAAUGUUCCCAAAAACUUUAAAAGCAACGACAUGAUCUCUAUGAUGGAACUACUGAUCCAAGAAACCAAUUGAGCAACUUCAAGAGUCGCAUGUACUUGGCUGAUGCGUUGGACGCAACUCGCUGCAUAGCUUUUUCGACUACGUUAACCAAGGUGUCAAUGAAGUUGUUCGAUAGCUUAUUGCUCAGGUUAGUCACCUGUUUCGACGACUUGGCGAGGAGCUUUUUUACCUGAUUCUCCAUUCAGAAAGACAAAACCAAGCAUGCUACGAGUCUCUUGGGAGUAAAACAAGAGGUUGGAAAAUCACUGCGAGCCUAUAUGAAAAGGUUCAACAAAGCGUACUUGUAGAUUUAGAGUCCCCCUACCGAAGCGGUCAUUAUGGGGCUAGUCAAUGGCCUCAGAGAAGGCCCGUUCUCUCAAUCGAUAUCAAAGACACCAAUUUUUUUAUGAGGUACAAGAACAGACGGAGAAAUAUAUCAACAUAGAAGAAAUGACACGACUAAGAGAGUCCGUCCCAGGACAACAUAGUCAAUAUCAGACUCGAAGCAAAGAAAGAGAGUCAAAGAAAAAAGAAGACUACAGUUCGAAAAAAUCCCGAAGGUAUCAUAACUAUACCCCGUUGUAGGUUUUCCUUGUCGAUGUCUAACCUCUCAGACCAAUAAAAAAAAGGUGAAAGUCGGUUAAAAUAUUAUGAAUAACACAAAAUUUAUAGCCAUUCCACCAAUGAUUAUUAUGAUUUGAAUAAUGUGAUUGAAAAGCUGGCCAGAGAAAGUCGGUUGGACAAAUAUCUAGCUGAAAGAUUGGACGACCAAGGUAAAAGGAAAAGAAAUAAAGAAGAUAGGAAUAGGCGAUAUCAGCCACAACAAACCCCGAAGAGACAUAUCCACGUGAUUGCUGAAGGAUUUGCAGAAGGGGGAGUAACAAAAUCCUCCAGCACGAGACAUUUGAAAGAAGUCUACCAGGUUGGCGAGGAAGCUGAAACACCCGACCUGCCCGCAAUCACGUUCACAAAAGAAUAUGCCCAAGGGGUAGUGUCCGGACACGACGAUCCAGUCGUGAUCACGAUGAUCCUCGCCAAUACAAACCUCCACAGAACCUUGGUAGAUCAAGGAUGUUCGACAAACAUUCUGUUCAAACCAGCUUUUGACCAGUUGGAUUUAGAGGAAAAAGAUUUGAAAGCAUAUCUAGACACUCUCUUUAGUUUAGAAGACACACCUAUCUAACCUCCAGGCCUCAUUUUUCUUUAUACCACCUUUGGUAAGGGUACAAAAGCUAGGACCUUGGGCAUAGAUUACAUAGUAAUCGACGUAGUAUUGACAUAUAAUGCCUUGAUAGAUUGGGCAACGUUAAACCGAUUUGCUGUAGUGGUCUCCAUCCCUCACGUUUGAAUGAAAUUCCCUACUCUUAAAGGUAUAAUCGAUUUUUUUUCUUUAACUGUUUUUUCAUAUAUUUCUUUUUGUGUAAAUAGAUGCUUUUUUAUUGGAUGUUUCUUUCCUGGUUUUGGGAUUUUCUUUUCAGGGGAAGGGAGGAUGCGACAGUACGCUUAUUUGAAAUUUAAAAAGUUGGCUGGUACACUAGUUGGUUACCUAGCAAAGUUGUAUUUUUAAAUAUUUAUACAUGUAUUGCAAUUUUGUCGCGAUGAUGAU